AUGGGUGGCACUGACACGCCCGCGCUGAGGCGGGGAAAGUGGACGAUGAUGAAGGAGGUGGAGACCGUAGGAGGAGCGGGUCACAGACACAAUACAGGCAGAGGGACGAGAACUGAAGCUGAGAGUCGGGUCAACAUAAGAGCUGAAGCUGAGAGUCGGGUCAACAUAAGAGCUGAAGCUGAGAGUCGGGUCAACAUAAGAGCUGAAGCUGAGAGUCGGGUCAACAUAAGAGCUGAAGCUGAGAGUCGGGUCAACAUAAGAACUGAAGCUGAGAGUCGGGUCAACAUAAGAGCUGAAGCUGAGAGUCGGGUCAACAUAAGAGCUGAAGCUGAGAGUCGGGUCAACAUAAGAACUGAAGCUGAGAGUCGGGUCAACAUAAGAGCUGAAGCUGAGAGUCGGGUCAACAUAAGAGCUGAAGCUGAGAGUCGGGUCAACAUGAGAGCUGAAGCUGAGAGUCGGGUCAACAUAAGAGCUGAAGCUGAGAGUCGGGUCAAGAUAAGAGCUGAAGCUGAGAGCCAACAACCAGAACUAAGUCAAUAG